AUGGCUGAGCCGGACUAUCUGGAGGGGGACUAUGAGGAGAUGAUCAAACCCAAGAAGCUGUUGAACCCAGUCAAGGGCUCCAGAAACCACCAGGACCUCCAUCGAGAACUCAUGAUGAACCAGAAGAUGUGAGGGGACUGGGGACAACACUGGGGCAACACACACUUCACCUCUCAUUCUUCCCCUCCAUUUCUCCUGCUACUUCUACAUUUUAUUUCCCAGUUGUCUAUACCCUGAUCCUCGUCUUACUCAAGAGGGAAACUGUAAACAAGUUUCUAUUCAUACAACACCAGUUUAUCUUCCUUUGACUGACCCAACGUGGGCAUAUCACUGUGUUAUGGUAGACAUAAAUCCUGGCUCGGACCGAGGAUGGAUGAGAUCCAAGUCAUUCAUGAGGUUGAUAUGAACAGUAUAUAACCCUGGCGUUCAACUCUGCACACAGACUUUAUUGAUCUGUCAAAGGUUUAUCCUUGCCUACUGUUUCUGUUUAUAAUCCAGUGUUUGGGUUGUUUUCCGUCUAUUGGUUAAGGUGAGGGUUGAGUCAGCUGAUCCUGGAUCUGUUGUUAGAAGUGUGUGACUGUGUGCUAAUGCAGCGUGUUGCUAUGCUAUUACAUCGUGUAUUGGGGGUACCCCCGUGGGCGAUGCAUAACAGUACUGUUAUGUAAACCUUAAUGCAUGAAACUUUAAUAAGAAUUAUUAUAUAAAACCUUUAGUUCAUUCUACUGUCUCAGAAUUAUUACAUAACAACCUGCACUUACUGCAUGUAAAGGUUCCUCCUGCCUGAACACUUUCAAUAUUAUUAUAGCAAUACAAGCACGCAACAAUCUUUUUUUUACAAUCUUGUUUCCAGUGAAAAGUUCUGCACUGAGCGGGUGGGUAAAAUAAAUGGAUGGGUCUUGGUGAAUUGAGAAAAAAGAUUUUUGGCUGAAUGUUUUUGUAAUACCUUGAGUUGCCACUUGGGAAAAUGUAAGUUAAAGAAUGGACCGUGGCAGCAAUUCACACUGGUUAUGCGUGCAUGCUCGUGUGCUUGCAUGCAUGACUGUGUGUGGCUUUGAUUGAAAGCAUCAGUGCUGAGGCUCAAAUAGUGUAUUUUCUCAUGCUGAAUGGACAAAUGCCCAAAGCCUUGUUGCUUGUUGUUGUUAUGCUAUAUAUAAGCACAGUGUGUACUGUUGACAGCUGUUACGUCACUGUGCCCUGUCUGUUAGCACCCUGCACAGAACCAUGUGGAUUAUGGACAUGAACACAGAACUCUGGAGUAUGAAGGGAGGCAAGAAAGGAGAGGUGGGAAAGGGUGAGAGGGGGAACUUGAGAGAAGAUUUUCCCCCCCUGCUAUGUCUUUCAAUGUUGCUUUCUGUGCUAUAUAGCCUCUCUCUUUAUUUAGAUCUUAAAGCAUAGAGAUGUUUUGACUGGGUUUUAGUAUUCUCUGUGGAGAUGAGGAGAGGAGAAAGAAGAGGAUGUAGAGGAAAGUUGGGGGAGAGGAGGAUGGAGAGAAGUGUUUUAGUUUAAAGUGGAUUAGUCAUGGUGAUGAUGAGAGCGAGGGAUGGUUUAGAGAGAGAGAUGGAAAGGAAGGCUAUGUAAGGAGGAUUAGGGAAAGGGGAUACCUAGUCAGUUGCACAACUGAAUGCAUUCAACUGAAAUGUGUCUUCUGCAUUUAACCCAAUCCCUCUGAAUCAGAGAGGUGCGGGGAGCUUCCUUAAUCGACGUCCACGUCAUCAGAGCCCAGGGAGCAGUUCUUGUUGGGGGUUAAUUGCCUUGCUCAAGGACAGAACGGCAGAUUAUUACACCUUGCCGGCUCAUGGAUUCGAACCAGCGACUGUUCGGUUACUGACCCAAAGCUCUUAACAACCGCAAUGCUACACCAUCCCCCACAGAGAGUCUCUUACUCUUCCCUAACUACCUAUGUUCUAACUGUAACACACACACACACAUGCACAAAGUAGAGACUGUUAGAAACACAUAUUUUAGACGUGUAUGCAUCUAACCUCUUUAGAAAUCACUUACUCGGGUCAGGCAGGAAAAAGUGGUCAGAUAACUAAACAUUCCUCACUCAUUAUAUAGACAUUUAUAGUUUUAUAAUGAAUGGAGGAGGUGCUUUUAGAUCUCUAACACCCAAUUUUCCUGUUUUGGCCUACUGAACAACAUUUUAAGGAGAAACUAGGACAUUAAGUAAUGUAAUUGGAUACAACAUUUAUUAGUUAUAAAGGCAACAAGAGUUCUGAUAGACGGUAAUAUUGUGGUCAUCCCACUAAUGGGUGUUUGUACUCAGAUGGCCCUGUUCUCCGUUUUAAUAUUGAAAUCAUAAAACCCCCAACUUGACACAGUUGCGUAACAACAAAAUGGAAACACCUAUUUCAUCAAUGUCAUGUCAAAUCUAGCAGAAGGGGACAGCUCAAGCCACUUCUCAGAAUUUGGAGUAAAAAAAAAGGGAGAGCUAUAUUAUGAAAGCGGAUGUUUGUACUAACAGGUCCUGUGAUUGGUUGUUUCUCCUAGGGGCCUGGCUCCCCAGAACAAGCCGGAGCUCCAGAAGGUUUUGGAGCAGAGGAAGAGAGAACAGGUUCUCAAGGCCCAGAGGGAGGAGCAGGAGGCCCACACCAAGAGGAGCGACCUGGAGAUAGAAUUAAUGAAGAGACAACAGAAACUAGAACAGGUAAACACACAUUUACAAACAAAUGUAAACCUACAGGUAACUGCCAACAUAAAGGAAACACUUGAGUAAAUUAGGUAUACAAAGUAUAUUGAAAGCAGGUUCUUCCACACAGGUGUGAUUCCUGAGUUAAAUAAAGGUCCAAUGCAGCUGUUUUUAUCUCUAUCAAAUAAUUUCUGGGUAACAAAUAAAUACCUUACUGUGAUUGUUUUCAAUUAAAAUGGUCAAGAAAAACAUAAUCGCUUCUUAGCAAAGAGCAAUUUCUCAAGCAAGAAUUUUGCUCGGACUGUCUGGGAGUGGUCUGAGUGGGAAAGGGAAAACAAGCUUUUAUUGGCAGAGAGGUUUGGAACUAUCUUAUUGGUCUAUUAAGUAAUUUAUCGCCUGGAGACAUCACCAGGCAGGCCAAAACUCCAUCCCACCAAAACAGGCUGAAAUGUAUUUUCAAACAGCUCUUACACUAAAAGGGCAUUAUCAUAAUUUUCACACCUCAAGGUGUGGAAAUAUAUGUAAAACACAGCAAAAUCACAUUUGACUGCACUGUGCCUUUUAAGCAAUUAACAUCCCAUCAUGCUUAGGGUAAUGUAUAAAAAUACUGGGCAGGCCAUUAUUUUGGCUAUCGUGGCUAUGCCCACAUAGGAUGACAAUGUCCCCAUCCACAGGGCACGAGUGGUCACUAAAUAGUUUGAUGAGCAUGAAAACGAUGUAAACCAUAUGCCAUGGUCGUCUCAGUCACCAGAUCUCAACUCAAUUGUACACUUAUGGGAGAUUCUGGAGCAGGGCCUGAGACAGCGUUUUCCACCAUCAACAAAACACCAAAUUAUGGAGUUCCUCGUGGAAGAAUGGUGUCGCAUCCCUCCAAUAAAUGAAAUCAAAUGUCAUUUGACACAUGCGUCAAAUACAAUGGGUGUAGACCUUACAGUGAAAUGCUUACUUACAAGCCCUUAACCAACAAUGCAGUUUUAAGUAAAAAAUAGAUAUGUUAAAAAUAACAAAUAAUUAAAGGGCAGCAGUAAAAUAACAGUAGGGAGGCUAUAUACAGGGGGUACCGGUUAGUUGAGGUAAAUGAGGUAAUAUGUACAUGUGGGUAGACUUAAAGUGAGUAUGCAUAGAUAAUAAACAGAGUAGCAGCAGUGUAAAAGAGGGGGUGGGGUGGAACUUUUUGAGGAUCUGAGGACUCAUGCCAAAUCUAUUCAGUCUCCUGAGGGGGAAUAGGCUUUGUCGUGCCCUCUUCACGACUGUCUUGGUGUGUUUGGACAAUGAUAGUUUGUUGGUGAUGUGGACACCAAGGAACUUGAAGCUCUCAACCUGUUCCAUUACAGCCCUGUCGAUGAGAAUGGGGGCAUGCUCAGUCCUCUUUUUUUCCCCUGUAGUCCACAAUCAUCUCCUUUGUCUUGAUCACGUUGAGGGAGAGGUUGUUACCCUGGCACCACACGGCCAGGUCUCUGACCUCCUCCCUAUCUCAUUGUUGUCGGUCUCAUUGUUGUCGGUGAUCAGGCCUACCACUGUUGUGUCGUCUGCAAACUUAAUGAUGGUGUUGGAGUCGAGCCUGGCCAUGCAGUCAUGAGUGAACAGGGAGUACAGGAGGGGACUGAGCACGUACCACUGAGGAGCCCCCGUGUUUAGGAUCAGCGUGGCAGAUGUUGUUACCUACCCUUACCACCUGGGGGCGGCCGUCAGAGUUCCAGACACUUGUAGAAUCUAUGCCAAGUAGGCUUGGGCAAUAUACUGUUUAUACUGUAUACUGGGGUAUUUCAAAAUACAGAGGGUAUGAUUUUCAAUACCAUGAAAAAAUAUAUAUACUUUUAUUUUUGGGGGGGUUGGGGGUGCGUGCUACACCACUACUUAUAACUAUAAGUUAAGUAUUACUAUAAGAAAUCUAAGACGUCAAAUAAAUUCUAUCCAGCUCGGGGCUCCAGCUAUGCAUUUGGUUUGCUAACUUGCUGGCUAAGUGGCUAGAUACAGCAGAUACAUUCAAUCCCCUCCUCUAUCAAGAUCCCUGUUGCCUAAAUAGUUUUGUAAAUAGAAAAACAAAAUACCCCGGUAUGGUACAGAAACGGUAUGACUGUAUGAAAAUCUGGAUAUCCCCUAACCCUAAUGCCAAGGUGCAUUGCAGCUGUUCUGGCUCGUGGUGGCCCAAUACUUUAUGAAGACACUUUAUGACAGUGUGAGAAAUCAAAUCAAAACUCAAAUCAAAGUUUAUUGGUCUCGUACACAGAUUUGCAGGUGUUAUGUCAGGUGCAGCAAAAUGCGUAUGUUACAGCUCCAACAGUGCAGUAGAAUGUCUCGCAAAUACAAUACACAAAUAAUAAAAAUAGAAAUCUAAACAACAAAUCAAGAAAUAACAAUCCAUAUAUUUGUGAGCAUGUGUGAGAAUCCAGAAUAUAAGUAUGUGGUGUGUGUGUAUAGAUAGUAUAUCAUUUGGAAAAUAAAAUGGUAUAUACAGCAGUAGAUAUAUUAGGAUGAGCUACAUUGAGAAUAGUGUUCAGACCCCUUGACUUUUUCCACAUUUUGUUACGUUACAGCUUAUUCAAAACUUUUUUAUUUUUUUAUACUCAUCAAUCUACACACAAUACCCCAUAAUGACAAAGCGAAAACAGGUUAUUAGAAAUGUUUGCAGAUUUAUUGAAAUUAAAAACAGAAAUACCUUAUUUACAUACAGUAAGUAUUCAGACCCUUUGCUAUGAGACUCGAAAUUGAGCUCAGGUGCAUCCUGUUUCCAUUGAUCAUCCUUGAGAUGUUUCUACAACUUGAUUGGAGUCCACAUGUGGUAAAUUCAAUUGAUUUAACAUGAUUUGGAAAGGCACACACCUGUCUAUAUAAGUUGACAGUGCAUGUCAGAGCAAUAACCAAGCCAUGAGGUCGAAGGAAUUGUCCAAAGAGCUCCGAGACAAUUUUGUCGAGGCACGGAUCUGCGGAAGGGUACCAAAAAAUGUCUGCAGAAUUACAUUUACACUACAUUUUCGUCAUUUAGCAGACGCUCUUAUCCAGAGCGACUUACAAAUUGGUGCAUUCACCUUAUGAUAGCCAGUGGGACAACCACUUUACAAUAUUUUUUUUUGGGGGUGGGGUAAGGGGGGGUAGAAGGAUUACUUUAUCCUAUCCCAGGUAUUCCUUAAAGAGGUGGGGUUUCAAAUGUCUCCGGAAGGUGGUGAGUGACUCCACUGUCCUGGCGUCGUGAGGGAGCUUGUUCCACCAUUGGGGUGCCAGAGCAGCGAACAGUUUUGACUGGGCUGAGCGGGAACUGUGCUUCCGCAGAGGUAGGGGGGCCAGCAGGCCAGAGGUGGAUGAACGCAAUGCCCUCAUUUGGAUGUAGGGACUGAUGUGAGCCUAAAGGUACGGAGGUGCCGUUCCCCUCACAGCUCCGUAGGCAAGCACCAUGGUCUUGUAGCAGAUGCGAGCUUCAACUGGAAGCCAGUGGAGUGUGCGGAGGAGCGGGGUGACGUGAGAGAACUUGGGAAGGUUGAACACCAGACGGGCUGCGGUGUUCUGGAUGAGUUGUAGGGGUUUAAUGGCACACGCAGGGAGCCCAGCCAACAGCGAGUUGCAGUAAUCCAGACGGGAGAUGACAAGUGCCUGGAUUAGGACCUGUGCCGCUUCCUGUGUAAGGCAGAGUCGUACUCUCCGAAUGUUGUAGAGCAUGAACCUACAGGAUCGGGUCACCGCCUUGAUGUUAGCGGAGAACGACAGGGUGUUGUCCAGGGUCAUGCCAAGGCUCUUCGCACACUGGGAGGAGGACACAACGGAGUUGUCAACCGUGAUGGCGAGAUCGUGGAACGCGGCAGUCCUUCCCUGGGAGGAAGAGCAGCUCCGUCUUGCCGAGGUUCAGCUUGAGGUGGUGAUCCGUCAUCCACACUGAUAUGUCUGCCAGAUAUGCAGAGAUGCGAUUCGCCACCUGGUUAUCAGAAGAAGGAAAGGAGAAGAUUAAUUGUGUGUCGUCUGCGUAGCAAUGAUAGGAGAGGCCAUGUGAGGAUAAGACAGAGCCAAGUGACUUGAUGUAUAGCGAGAAUAGGAGAGGGCCUAGAACUGAGCCCUGGGGGACACCAGUGAUGAGAGCAGGUGGUGCGGAGACAGAUUCUCCGGGGGGGGAUUCAUUAGGGAGGAGAAAGUGGCAAAGAGCUUCCUAGGGUUAGAGGCAAAUGCUUUGAAUUUAGAGUGGUAGAAAGUGGCUUUAGCAGCAGAAACAGAGGAAGAAAAUGUAGAGAGGAGGGAGUGAAAAGAUGCCAGGUCCGCAGGGAGUCUAGUUUUCCUCCAUUUCCUCUCGGCUUCCCGGAGCCCUGUUCUGUGAGCUCGCAAUGAGUCGUCAAGCCACGGAGCAGGAGGGUAGGACCGAGCCUGCCGGGAGGAGAGGACAUAGAAAGUCAAAGGAUGCAGAAAGGGAGGAGAGGAGGGUUGAGGAGGCUGAAUCAGGAGAUUGGAGGGAGAAGGAUUGAGCAGAGUGAAGAGAUGAUAGGAUGGAAGAGGAGAGAGUAGCGGGAGAGAGAGAGCGAAUGUUGCGACAGCGCAUUACCAUCUGAGUAGGGGCAGAGUGAGUAGAGUUGGAGGAGAGCGAGAGAGAAAAGGAUACAAAGUAGUGGUCGGAGACUUGGAGGGGAGUUGCAGUGAGAUUAGUAGAAGAACAGCAUCUAGUAAAGAUGAGGUCAAGCGUAUUGCCUGCCUUGUGAGUAGGGGGGGACGGUGAGAGGGUGAGGUCAAAAGAGGAGAGGAGUGGAAAGAAGGAGGCAGAGAGAAAUUAGUCAAAGGUAGACGUAGGGAGAUUAAAGUCACCCAGAACUGUGAGGGGUGAGCCAUCCUCAGGAAAGUAACUUGUCAAGCUCAUUGAUGAACUCUCCAAGGGAACCUGGAGGGCGAUAAAUGAUAAGGAUGUUAAGCUUAAAUGGGCUAGUGACUGUGACAGCAUGGAAUUCAAAUGAGGAGAUAGACAGAUGGGUCAGGGGAGAAAGAGAGAAUGUCCACUUGGGAGAGAUGAGGAUUCCUGUGCCACCACCCCGCUGACCAGAUGCUCUCGGGGUAUGCGAGAACUCAUGGUCAGACGAGGAGAGAGCAGUAGGAGUAGCAGUGUUUUCUGUGAUAAUCCAUGUUUCCGUCAGCGCCAAGAAGUCGAGGGACUGGAGAGUAGCAUAGGCUGAGAUGAACUCUGCCUUGUUGGCCGCAGAACGGCAGUUCCAGAGGCUGCCAGAGACCUGGAAUUCCACGUGGGUCGUGCGUGCAGGGACCACCAGGUUAGAGUGGCAGCAGCCACGCGGUGUGAGGCGUUUGUAUAGCCUGUGCGGAGAGGAGAGAACAGGGAUAGACAGACACAUAGUUGACAGGCUACAGAAAAUGGCUACAAUAAUGCAAAGGAGAUCGGAAUGAAAUGAACUAAACAUCUGGGAAAGCGAGAGAGCGGGGCCUCCCUCACUUACGUUUCACUGAAACACUCAAAUAUAACUCUCCCAACUUCCACUUUAGAAAUUAUAAUUGUUGUAAACUACAGCGGUUCAAUGUUUUCUAGGAAUAGACUACAUUUAUUUUUUUUUUGCGGGGGGGUGGGGAUGGAUCAGCUUAAUAUUGCAGAUAGAUUGUAUCUUUUAUCAAUGUCAUUGUCUGCAUCACUUCCAAUCCCCCAUGUUUAUUUUUUUAUUUUUUAUAUAUAUACUCCCCUUUAUUACUUUUCAACCCCACCAUCCUUUCCCUACUUGGAGUAAAUUAGUGAACAACAAUGCCCAGGCGUCUACUUCCGGUCUAUACUUACUAUCUACACCUUAUGGACAGAGUUCAUUUUACAAUAAUUCUAUUAUAUAUAUAUAGACUAGAAUAGACUAACUUAGUUUAUUCAGGAAGCUAACUUGGUACAGUAUUCUUCCGUGAAAACCGUCCAGGGCACACCGACUCCUAUGACGCCAUAGCCAACUAGCAUGCCAGGCUCCAAUAACACGGUUUAGCACCAAUACUCGGUUACAACAAACCGCCAGUGUGUUAACACGGCAAGCAGAUUAUUCGUGUCCGUGUCUAACGUUGUGUAAAGUUUUGGGUUAGUUUUGACAGUUUGAGUGAGUCCGUCGUCAACUUAUUCAGCCAGUUAGUUAGCUAGAAUAGUUAGCAUACUAGCUAGCCAUUGCUCUCUGCCAACGAAAAAAACCCUCUUCCCACGGCACGAACACACAGAGAGAGCCAUGCUAACGUUAACUAGUCACCCAUGUCCCGAAUUCCCUUGAACGACUCUGGUUACCAGUAUGUAAAAACAAAACACAAAUGUAGGUUAUAACUUACCCUUAGUAGCUACUGUUAGCCAGUUAAGUGCAAAGCUAGCCACUGAAUAGAUUCAGCCAUUUCACGUCUGUUCGCUAGGUCGUUCCAGCUAUUGUCUAGUUAGCUAUCCAGGUAGCAACAAGCUAGCUACAAUUAAAGGUCCCCAAGAACACAGCGGCCUUCAUCAUUCUUAAAUGGAAGAAGUUUGGAACCACCAAGACUCUUCCUAGAGCUGGCUGCCCAGAGAAGGGCCUUGGUCAGGGAGGUGGCCAAGACCCCGAUUGUCACUCUGACAGUGCUCCAGAGUUCCUCUGUGGAGAUGGGAGAACCUUCCAGAAGGACAACCAUCUCUGCAGCACUCUACCAAUCAGGCCUUUAUGGUAGAGCGGCCUGACGGAAGCCACUCCUCAGUAAAAGGCACAUGACAGUAAAAUGGCUACUGUUAUUUUACUGCUGCUCUUUAAAUAUUUUUUACUUAUCCAUUUUUUACUUAACACUUAUUUUUCUUAAAACUGCAUUGUUGGUUAAGGGCUUGUAAGUAAGCAUUUCAGUGUAAGGUCUACACCUGUUGUAUUUGGCGCAUGUGACAAAUACACUUGGAUUUUGCCAAAAGGCACCUAAAGGACUCCCAGACCAUGAGAAACAAGAUUCUCUGGUCUGUUGAAACCAAGAUUGAACUCUUUGGCCUGAAUGCCAAGCCUCACGUCUGGAGGAAAACUGGCACCAUCCCUACCAUGAAGCAUGAUGGCCGCAGCAUCAUGCUGUGGGGAUGUUUUUCAGUGGCAGGGACUGGGAGACUAGUCAGGAUAGAGGGAAAGAUUAACGGAGCAAAGUACAGAGAGAUCCUUGAUGAAAACCUGCUCCAAAGAGCUCAGGACCUCAGACUGGGGCGACCGUUCACCUUCCAACAGGACAACUACCCUAAGCACACAGCCAAGACAACACAGGAGUGGCUUCGGGACAAGUCUCUGACUGUCCUUGAGUGGUCCAGCCAGAUCCCGGACUUGAUCCCGAUCGAACAUCACUGGAGAGACCUAAAUAGCUAUGCAGCGACGCUCCCCAUCCAACCUGACAGAGCUUGAGAGGAUCUGCAGAGAACAAUAGGAGAAACUCCCCAAAUACAGGUGUGCCAAGCUUGUAGCGUCAUACCCAAGAAGACUCAAGGUUGUAAUCGCUGCCAAAGGUGCUUCAACAAAGUACUGAGUAAAGGGUCUGAAUACUUAUGUAAAUGUGAUAUUUCCGUUUUGUAUUUUUUAUAAAUUUGCAAAAAUGUAUAAAUCACUGUUUUUGCUUAGUCAUUAUGGGGUAUUGUGUGUGGAUUGAGAUAAAAAAAUAUUAUACAUAUUUAGAAUAAGGCUUUAACGUAAAAAAAUGCGGAAAAUGUCAAUGGGUCGGAAUACUUUCCGAAUGCACUGUAUACUGCAAUUACACAGUGUGUAAACAACGGUAUAUAAACAGAAUAUUAGGUGACCAGCGUUCAUUGACUCUAUACAUGGGGCAUUAGUCUCAAGGUGCAGGGCUGAGUACUGGGCAGGUAGCCAGCUAGUGAUGGCUGUUCAACAGUCUGAUGGCCUGGCAAUAGAAGCUGUUUCUCAGUCCCAGCUCUGAUGCACCUGUACCGGCUCUGUCUGCUAGAUGGUAGCAGAGUGAAAGAGCUCAACAAAGAGAUAAGCAGAGAGUUGGGGAGCAGCACCCUGUAUGGCAGCAGUUCUUACAGUACAAUCAGAGCAUGAAAGUCCUCAUCCUGUUCAAGAUAGUGUUUUGACCCACUUCAGGUCUUGUCCUUGUGGUGUGUACUGUGUGGGUCUCACAUAGGGCUGUUACAGUGACCGUAUUACCGCCACACCGGCGGUCACGAGACAUGACGGCAGUCAAAUUCCACGUGACUGUUUAGUCACGAUAAUUAGGCUUCUCCUAGCUCUGAUGCAGCUGAUGGUCAUUAGUAGCCUACCAAACUUGCGAACUGCCUGGUACUCAGCACUCUAUUGUCCCUCUAAUCACUCUGACAUCAAUGCAAAUGUAAUCGAAAUCUAAUCCAGCACUUCAUGAGAGCCCAUGAGCUCAUGUUUCGCAACAUUUCUAUAGGCUAUGCAAUUGCGUGAAAAACAGAGUUUUGAUGGCCUCUAUUAAAAAGAGGAGGAUCCCAUCAACUUUCUUAUUUCUCAACUUUCCUAAUAUUAAGCACAUUGCUUCUCUUUACAACAGGAGUAUAGCCUACCUGGCUGGCAUGAAAAUAAUAUGGAGGCGAAGAGAAAAUGAACCACUUAAAAGCAUCCUCCAUUCACUAUUUAAGUGCAUAGAUUACAUGUAUUUGUUCCCCCUGCCCCUGUUUCGAGACAGGUGCAUGAUGGUCCAUUCUAAAUCAAAACAAAUUUCACACAUAUAUUAUUUAGUAUAUGUAAAGACAAUAUUAAAUCAAGAAUAGUCUGAUGGGUGACAAUAUUAGCCUAUCACUUGUGAAUAAUGCCCAGCUUGUGUGCAGUAAGGAAAACAGCACAUGCCUUUUUUAUGCAACUUUUUAAAAUCAUAGUCCCACACCUCCUGUAGCCUAGCCCGUAGGCCUAUAUGUUUUAAUAAGGUUAGUAUCACAACUAAAGUGGCCAAAUAACUUCUUAAAAUUAACCACAUGAAUUCGCUUUACAACGGGUGUAGAGCCUAACUGGCAUACAUACACAGUACAUGAGUUUCAAGUUUGGGGAAGAUCAUUUUCACCAUAGAAAAGCACCUUUAUAAUAAAAGCAUUACAUGCAUAAUCGCAUUUGCGGUCACUUUUGGGAAUGGUGUUUUCCCGCUAAUUAAUUGCAUUUUGGAACAGUUGCGCGUAUAGCCUACUGCCCUGUGCGCAUUGCUGUGCUUAUAAUGUGAAGAAGGCCCUGUGUAGCUCAGUUGGUAGAGCAUGGCGCUUGCAACGCCAGGGUUGUGGGUUCGAUUCCCACGGGGGGCCAGUAAGAAAAAAUGUAUGCACUCACUUAACUGUAAGUCGCUCUGGAUAAGAGCGUCUGCUAAAUGACUAAAAUGUAAAUGUAAAAUGUAAGAAAUAGCCUAAUAGUUUAUCAAAAAUUUUAAGCAAAACUUUCUGAUCUGCUGCAUGAGCCUCAUUUCUUAAAAAAGCUUAUUUAGUGCUAGUGGUUGUAUUAAUUUGGGAUCUAUCACAUCUCACAACUUUCCCAGACUAUGUUUGGAAUAUUUCUUUCUCGCAAAGAAUAGAAUAGGUAAACGUUUGUAAUAUGGGGAUAAUAGAUUGACGUAGGCUAGUGCUUUUGCUGUUCGUUAGGCCUACUCAUCUUGUUAGCUGAUGUAAAUGCGGACAGUUCUUCCAACAUCUUCAAUAUGCGCCUCGGAAUUGGAUAAGGACAGUCUGCAGUUGUGUCCCCGAUGUGUCUGUCUGCACUUGUAGCCUGUGAGAAGGACCCGAUCACAUGACGGGCAUUGGCUAAUAAGAAUUGAGCUAUCUGAGAGAGCCAUGUGAGUGAGAGGUGCUUUGGGAGAAGGGAAUUAUAAUUAUUAUAUUCAGCCCAAGGGCACAAUGGCCAAUGGCCGCAAAAGGCAUGGACUUUUUUAGGGGGCAUUAUGGCCACACAAAGGGGAUGCCGCUGGGAAAUUUGAGGCUUGUCAAAUUGUGAAUGAAAGACUGAUGACGUGUGUGCAGCCUGUGCAAAAAAACUAAGCAGAGCUCAUGGGACUUUUUUCAAAUCAUCAUUAGUCACAUCAUGCAGCCUUAGAAUGUAUUACAAAUCAAAACAUAUAGCCCAACGUUUGUAUCUCAACUAAAGUUGCAUAAAUAACUCUAAAUUAAGCAUAUAGGAGGACCAGUUUAUUUCUUAACCACUCAACACAGAAUAGCCGAAUGUAUGCACUCCCUCAAAUAGUUUGGAGAAAAUAUCCUUUCUAUUUCAUUCAGCUAUGUUCAGUUGUAUUCUUCAUACUAUAAAUUAAUAUAAAAUAAUGCAUCGGAAUUCUAAGCUAAUCUUGUCUGCUAAAUUAACUAGUGUAGCCCAUAGCCAUAUGGCAUAGCCAGAUCAGGGCCUAACAACAUAAGGACAACUCAGAUUAUGCUAUUCUGUUCUUCUGAAAUGCACUACAUUUUCUUUAGACCUGUUUUAAAACAAAUAAUGGAUUUAUUGUGAUUGUGUAGGCUAUAUUACAUGGAUUUAUUAGACUUUUUAAAAUGUAGCAGUUCCAAAGGUUUGCAUCAGUGGCUUGUAGGCUAUGCGUGGAAGCCAGGAGAUGCUAAAUGUGUUUGUUAAUUAACAGUCAAUUACCAUGGGACUGGCAGUUAUUUGCUUGACAAUCACCGGCUGACAAAAUGUUAUGGCCACUACAGCCCUAAUCUCACACACAGAUCACCCUGAUACAAUACUGGCAGCUCAACACACACACACAAACAAUGUACUUGUACUAACAUUUAACCUAACAUACUUCUCUGUCUGUGUGUUUAGCUGGAGUUGGACCAGCAGAAGGAUGAGGAGGAGCAGGAGAACACCCCUGAGUUUGUGAAGAUGAAGAGCAAUCUGAGGAGGACCAAGCAGGAGGCUAAUGGGGAGGAACGUACCACUUAG